AUGAAGAGGCUAAAAGGGUUUAUAGAGAAUUCGAAGCUUACAGUAAUAUUAAAGAUUCAACAAUGGCGAAAAUGUCAGAUGUUUUACAGGAUUUGGUAGUGGAAGUUCUCAGUAAGAUUCCGUUGACAUCUCUUAGAGCAGUGCGAUUGACUUGCAAAAAAUGGAACGAUGUAUCCAAAGAUCGGAGCUUUAUAAAGAAGCAAAUCGGCGAAGCAAAGAAGAAGCAAGUGAAUGAGUUUGAGGUGAUCAUGAUAACGAAUUUCAAGGUUUAUCUAAUGAGUGUCGAUCUCCACAGCCAUGUUGAUCCAUCAAUUACGCCUAAAGGUACACUUACUAGCCUAAACGAUGAAGUCAAUGAUAUAAGAAGAGUAUUUCACUGCGAUGGUCUACUCUUAUGCAUCACCAAAGACCUCAACUUUAGGCUUGUGGUUUGGAACCCUUAUUUUGGGCAAACUAAGUGGAUCAAACCCAGAAAUUGUUACCAUAGAUUGGACAAUUACGCUCUUGGGUAUGACGAGAAUAAGAAGUACAAAGUCUUGAGAUUUGUGGAUGAUUCUAACGCCUAUAGGGUAGAGGAACGAAUUUGUGUGUUUGAACUCUAUAGUUUUGAGUCUGAUUUAUGGAAGGUUGUUCUUAAUGUCAGUCCUGAGUGGGAGAUGAAGUUUUGUUCCCGAGGCUUGUCUGUAAAAGGCAAUACUUACUGGUAUGCUACGGAUCAUCUUGAUGAGGAUGUUGAUUUCUUGAUCUGUUUCGAUUUCACAGCUGAGAGAUUUGGGCCGCGUCUGCCUCUGCCUUUUAACGCUUCUGCUUCUAAUGAAGAUAUUGUUACUCUCUCUAAUGUUGGGGAAGAGCAGUUUGCGGUUUUGUUUCAGGAUGAUGAUACACUGAGGAUGGAGAUUUGGGUUACGAGUAAGGUUGAGCCUACAGAAGUGUCGUGGAACAAGUUCUUAGCGGUUGAUAUGAGCCCACUCAUUCGUUUCGCGUUUCUGGGAGAGGCUGGGAGUUUCUUCAUUGACCAAACGAAGGAUGUUGCAGUGGUUUUUGAUAAAGAUAUUGAUUCUUUUUACACUCGAGGAAUAGCUUACAUCAUUGGUAAGGAAGGAUACUUCAAAAAAGUGGAUCUUGGUGAAGUUGCAGACCCAAAUUGUUACCCACUUGUUCUUAUGUUCCAAGCUCAGUGCAAAUCAGUCAGCUAACCUAACUAUUUCAUCUCAUUUUCGAUUGUAUAAAUAUGACUAUUGUUAUCAGUUAUCUGAAAUCUCAACAUGGCCUCUUACCUUCUGCUUUCUUUA